AGCUGUGCUUCUGUCAGACCGCUGAAUGGCUGGAGAGAGAACAGCUCUGGGCAGAGCAGAGUGGUGAUGAGUUCACGACCCUUGUGAUCGCUGUCCAACCGAGAGAACAUCAGCUCCAUCUCCGGCAGGCAGUCAAAUGCUGCAGCUUUGAGAUUUUGGAUGCUUUAACCUAAGUGAAUGCAGUGAAGUCUUCCACUGUUUACAAGGAUCGGUGACAGUGAGAGUGUGACUAAGCCUUAAAGGAGGGUCACGGGGAGGCAGGGGUGCAUGCCAUGGCUGGGUGGGGGCUGUCCGCUGACCUCGCCCUGCUCCUGGGCAUGCUCUGUGUCGCACAUGGCUCCCUCUUCCUCUCCAGCCAACGGCUCAAGGCCCGCUUCCAGAGGGACCGCCGCAAUGUCCGACCCAACAUCAUUCUCAUCCUCACCGAUGACCAGGACCUUGAGCUGGGCUCCAUGCAGGCUAUGAACAAGACGCGGCACAUCAUGGAGGAAGGAGGCGCCCGCUUCUCCAACGCCUUUGCAACCACGCCCAUGUGCUGCCCUUCACGUUCCUCCCUACUGACAGGGAAGUACGUGCACAACCACAACACCUACACCAACAACGAGAACUGCUCCUCCCCCUCCUGGCAGGCCCAACACGAGCCACACACCUUUGCCGUGUACCUCAACAACACCGGCUACAGGACAGCUUUCUUUGGGAAAUACCUGAACGAGUACAACGGCUCCUAUGUUCCCCCUGGGUGGAAGGAGUGGGUAGCGUUAGUGAAGAACUCCCGCUUCUACAACUACACCCUGUGCAGAAAUGGUGCAAGGGAGAAGCACGGCUCGGAGUACCCCAAGGACUACCUUACUGAUAUCAUCACCAAUGACAGCAUCAGCUUUUUUCGUGCAUCUAAGAGGAUGUACCCUCACCGGCCAGUGAUGAUGGUGCUGAGUCAUGCUGCCCCCCAUGGCCCGGAGGAUGCAGCACCGCAGUACAGCAAUGCUUUCCCCAACGCUUCACAGCACAUAACCCCGAGCUACAACUAUGCCCCGAAUCUGGACAAGCACUGGAUCCUGCGGUACACAGGGGCCAUGAAGCCGGUGCACAUGGAGUUCACCAAUCUGCUGCAGAGGAGGCGCCUGCAGACGCUGCUGUCUGUGGAUGACUGCGUGGAAAAGGUGUACAACAUGCUGGUCGAAACGGGUGAACUGGAGAACACUUACCUGAUCUACACAUCGGACCACGGCUACCACAUCGGCCAGUUUGGCCUGGUCAAGGGCAAGUCCAUGCCAUAUGAGUUCGACAUUCGUGUGCCUUUCUACAUACGCGGCCCCAGCGUGGAGGGAGGCACCAUCAACCCACAAAUUGUGCUGAACAUUGACUUGGCACCCACUAUCCUAGAUAUCGCUGGCCUGGACAUUCCUCUGGACAUGGAUGGCAAAUCCAUCCUCAAGCUGCUGGACACAGAGAAACCAGUCAAUAGGUUCCAGUUGAAUAGGAAGGGGAAAGUGUGGAGGCAGUCCUUUCUGGUAGAGAGAGGGAAGCUGCUGCACAGGAGGGAUGAUGGGAAGGAGGUGGGACAAGAGGAAAACUUCCUGCCCAGGUACCAGAGGGUAAAAGACCUGUGCCAGAGGGCAGAGUAUCAGACACCAUGCGAGCAGCCUGGACAGAAGUGGCAGUGUGUGGAAGACCCCACAGGGAGGCUGAGGCUCUAUAAAUGUAAAGGCAUGGCCAGCCUGCUCGCCCCGCCCAAGCAGGGCAUGUCCAGCAGCAGGUCUCAGGGGUACGGACGUGGCUCAGACUUGGGGGGGUGUCACUGUUACCCCCCUAGGCAGAAGAGACUGCUGCCUAAGAAGAAGCUCAAGACUGGCAAAGGCCUGUCCCGGAAUCGCUGGGCACGGUCUGUGCCACUAGGAUUGGAUGGAGGUCUGUACACAGGACUGCUGGGAGCUGUGCCACACCCCUCAGGCCCCAGAAACUUUAGCCAGGCAGGUGACAAGGGAGAGGAAGAGGAUUACAGUGGCAUGGGUGUGACCACUACCCCAAAAUCCAACAGCAGCUCCACUGUACCUUUUUCACACAAGGUCACCUUCAGGUGUUCCAUCCUGUUGAAUGACACAGUCAGGUGUGAUGGAGGGCUGUAUAAAUCUCUACAGGCCUGGAAGGACCACAAGCUGCACAUUGAUCAUGAGAUUGAGACCCUGCAGACUAAGAUAAAGAACCUGCGUGAGGUGAAAGGUCACUUGAAGAGGUCACGGCCAGAGGAGUGUCACUGUGACAGACACCUUUACGAGUCCAGCCACAAGGGGAAACUGGGGUUCGAGGUGGCCCGUGUCCAUCCUUUCAGAAAGACACAGGAGAAGGAUAAGAAGCAGUGGGUCCUGAAGGAGCAGAAACGCAGGAAGAAGCUGCGCAAACUGCUGAAGAGACUGCGCAACAAUGACACCUGCAGCAUGCCCGGCCUCACCUGCUUCACCCACGACAACCAGCACUGGCAGACAGCCCCCUUCUGGACAAUGGGCCCCUUCUGCGCCUGCACCAGCGCCAACAACAACACUUACUGGUGCAUGAGGACGCUCAACGACACACACAACUUCCUGUUCUGUGAGUUUGCUACGGGGUUCCUGGAGUACUUCGACCUCAACACUGACCCUUACCAGCUGAUGAACGUAGUCAGCACGCUAGAGCGCCACAUCCUAAAUCAACUGCACGUUCAGCUGAUGGAACUGCGCAGCUGUAAGGGACACAAGCAGUGUAACCCGGAGAUAGGGGUGAAAGAGCAAACCAGCACAGAGGAGCACAGGCAGUUUCCUCGUCGAAAAAAGCCGAAAGUGAAAAGGCCAGCGUCCAAAACGCCGGGACAAAUUUGGGAUGGAUGGGAAGGUUAGCCCCCCCUGCAGCCUGGUGCCUGUCUUCAGCAUCUGGACCUUCCCAGGGAAUAAAAAGAACUGGUGUGACCUUUGAACCUUGCACAGACUGGAUGGCACUACUGGUGUCUCAAACCCAGCUUGAACUUGAAACCCACUUGCAAGCGGCUGCAGAUAGAACACUUGGAAUGCUGAUAAAUUUCUAUAAGUCUAACAGAACCGUGAAACAUAUACCACAGUUGCAGCCACAGUCAUCUUCUGGAUGUCAUCUGUGAAUCAACAGAAAUCAGCUGCCUGCCUGACAGCUUGGGCCAGACUAACCCAAGGAGGAGGGCAGUUUCAGCAGUGACUGGGCCUUUACUUCCUCUUACUGUACAACCAGCUCACAUUGGAUGAGGAAUAGGAAACAUCGGUGGAGGGGGAUCCACACUCAAAAGUGACUGCAGUGACGGAAGGGUUUCAGUGGGGGGCACUCAUCUGAACCCCACAUUUUCUUUCAUUCUCAUUAAAAGCAGCCGGAGAAUUCAGGCCAAGACGCCACUCUUAACCACCAGCCCUGACACCAGAUCAUACUGCCACUUCCUACUGCAAAGAGGAUCUAACUUGAAGAGUCCAGGUGCAAAGUCCCCUAUUCUCAUUCAUUGUGUGUCUGUCCACUGUGCAGCAAGCUGUCUGAUCCCACUGUCGCUCUCUGGGGGUUAUUCUUCGCCAAAGCUUCAAAUGUAGCACAAGUUAAUUGGUAAACAAGGAAGCUUUCUUGAAAAUGUUUUAUAGCCUGUAAAGAAACAGGGUGGACAGACGUUUUCAAGGACCACCAUGACUCUCGUGAAUUCGCCAUUUUCAAUACUUUAAUCCAGCUGUUUAAUUAGUUUAAUUUGCAGCUCAGUAUCUAUAUGACAAGGCACUCCACACAAGAGUUCUAUCAUUACUUUUGAUGCCUAACUUAACUCAUUCUGUGUAUGACUGCAAAGGAAGUUUGGUAUUGUGUUCAUGUCUACCUGAUUUCAAUCUUUUUCAUUUUUUAUUUGUUUUUCAGUUUGUUAUGUCUCUUAAAAACCAGGUGUUUACUGAAUGUUCUUGAUUCUUGAAUUCUUGAAGUUUUUUGCAGAUUUUGAAAUCUGUCCUCUUUGGAUUCCUAACCAGAUAUUAUGAAAUUAAAGGGAAACUACACAACAUAAUCAGACAAAAAUGGUGACAGGGAUGCUUCCCACAUCUGUCGCAAACCCACUGUACAGCUGUUCUCAACAAAGUGUACAUAACAGUUACACUACAUUGUGGCUCUGAUACUGGCCGUAAUUUUCCAUGGGUUUUUUUUUUUAUUUCCAGCGAUGUCGUUGUUAUAGUUCUCUUCCUGCCUUUGGCAGAAGAGGUCUGUUUCAGUGGAUCAAGGUUGGGGUUGCCUUCAUGUUCUGCUGGUGGGCUAUUAACAAAUUGAGCAAAUGUACCAUCUGCUUUUGACAAUACCCAUGAUGCAAUGGGUGCAGGGAAGUUAACUUAAAAAAAAUAGUAGAGAAUAUUUAAGGACAAGAUGUCUCGUUUUUUUUGCAGGUGUAAAAGAAAAGGUGUAAAGAAGAAGGUAUCUAUGAACUUCAGAAUGUUUUUUUCUUAUUUUAGCUUUGCACAGGGGUAAGCACAGGGGUGAUGGUAUUGGCUGUGUGGAUUGCAGGCAAAUGAUUGCUGCACACUGGCUGUUUUUUGGAGCAGCAAUAUGUGGAGCAGCAGCGGAAGUGGGCCGUAUUCAGGAGCAUUUUCAGCGACUAGGAGGAGCUUCUCAUCCAAAAUCCAUCUGAUGACAUAACCAUCCAGAGAGUUUUCUUCACAAAUUGGUUGAUUUCAAUGGAAAUAUUUUCUCUUUUCUGUGAGCUUGUUUAUUUUGCUCUUCCUGCUACACAUGGUGCUAUGUUGAGUCAU